AUGGGGAAAUUUGGAGGAUCCAAUCGAAAAAUGUUAGCCGAUGCGCAACAAUUGUAUUAUCGUGAGGAGCAUCUGUUCGAUUCACCAGCAUUCCGAUUAGCCUUCGAACGCAGCCCUCCAGCUUCGCUUGUAAUGAAUGAACAACCAGCACCGGCUGAAAAUCAGCAGAUGGAACAGACCGAAACUGCCCCUCCACUGAUUUGUGAACUGACUGUUUCGGAAGUUGUACGCGAAACGGUGCGACAUUUGCGCUCUCCGUUCCUCAUUGAUUCACCGUUUGUCAAGGCAGCCACAUCGGGUCCACCAGCAUCAAUACGAAUUUCCUCUGCUGCUAUGCGAAUGCAUGCAUUUCGAAUUGUUCGCGGUGUUAUUUUGGGUGCAUUUGUACCGGCAAAGCAUGGAAUUUUGUUGAAUCCUCAUUUCAAGCAGCACAUAACCAACAAACUUCUGGAAAUAAAAUCGAAGAACACAGAAGGUUAUCAGCCGGCAUAUCAGUGCAACAGUCGAGGCUCACGAUCACUUUACAUUGAUGCCUUACUUGGACUUUUUUAUGCAACAGCUGCAGUCGAAGAAACAACCAGUGAUAUCAUGGAUUUCUUCUGUAUGGUCGUACGGCAGCUAACUGUUCAAAUGAUUUUUGAGCAAUACCGAGGUUAA